UAUUAAACGAUAAUACCGGUAAUAGAGGACCUGGCAACAAGAGGUUAAACAGGUGUAGGCGCGAAAGCUCACUUUCCACACAGAGCAGUCUGAGGUGAAAAUCAUCAACUAAAAAAUGGCAUCAGCAGGAAAAAAACAGAACAAAAAGCUCAAACCAUCAGACUCUUCACACCUUCAGGCUUUUGACUUUAAUAUAGAGGAUGAAAAGAAAUGUCUGAGUGGCUCUGAGGAUGAGGCAAGAGGAGAAACUCACAUUAUCGAUAAGUCAGCCAAGAAAAGAUCUGCUAGUACAUUUGAGGGAGAAGACUUAACUGUAGGCGCAGGGAAUGAAGUUCAGACAAUGUUAGAAAAGUUUGGAGUGUUUUUGACUGUUGAUGCAGCUGACAUCAGCAAGGCGAUGCAGGCUAAGAGGAAACGUCUGGAAGCUUUCACCAAAAGUUCUCUGAAAGGCAGCAACCAGAAAAUAGAACAGCUGUGGAAAACUCAGCAUAGCCAGAGGCAGAAGCUGACACAGGAAUACUCACAGCAAGUGCUAUCUGUGCUGCGGCAGUGGGAGAUCGAUGUUCAGAAAUCCGAGGAGCAAGAGGAGAAACUAAAUAAUUUGUUUCAACAGCAGCAGAAGUUCUUCCAACAGGCUCGGGUUGUGCAGAGUCAAAAAAUGAAAACCAUCAAAGAGCUGUAUGAGCAGUUCAUCAAGAACAUGGACGAGAUGGAAAAGAGUCAUGAGGCUUUUCUCCAAGGAGCACAGAUGGAGCUGAAAAAGGAGAUGGCUCUGCUUCAGAAAAAGAUAAUGAUGGACACACAACAACAAGAGAUGGCCACAGUGAGGAAGUCCCUCCAGUCCAUGCUGUUUUGAAGUCUGAUGUAUUUAAUUGUUCAUUCAGAAGAAAUAUUUAUUGCUUAUGUAGUUCUUAAAAAUGUUGAGCAUAUGAAUGAAUGCAAUUAUCCGAAUGUAUGAAAAUGACAGAUUGUGUUCCUUUUUUUUUUUUUUAAACCAAUGAUUUAUGUAGAAAUUUUGGCAGAUUGUUCUCAAAUAAAGAAUAUUUUGAUGUUGA